CUAAAAUCGGAUCCUCCCGACAAAGACUCGUCUUUUUGUUUCCGAAUCAUAAUCCAAAAUUGCGAGUGUCUCCGUAGCUUUAGCUUCGAAAUCACCAAAGAGGCUUUUGGAAGAGAAGCUCAUCUCUUUAUUAGAGUCAUGUAAAACCAAAAGACACCUUCUCCAAAUCCAAACACAGACUUUAACUCAUGGGUUAGAAGACAAUGAGUACGUCGGUCCGAGAAUCAUCUCCGCUUGUUGUUGGAUCACGAGAAUCGAUCACGCACGCCAAGUGUUCGACAGAAUGUCUGAACCAACUGUUUCUAUUUGGAACGCCAUGUUCAAUGGGUAUAACCAAAACGACGAUUAUAAUGACGUUUUGUUGUUGUUCAAGAAGAUGAGAAGGAAAGAUGUGAUGCCUAAUAGUUUCACUCUCCCUGUGGUUUUAAAAGCUUGCGUGAUGGUUAAGGAACUAAGACAAGGAGAGGAGUUGCAGUGUUUUUCUAUAAAAACAGGGUUUAGUGCAAACCCUUAUGUAGGAACUAAGUUGAUUGAGAUGUAUUCAUGUGCAGGAGUGCUGGCAUCGGCGAAUAAAGUGUUUUGUGAGAUGGGUGAGAGAAAUGUAGUUACUUGGACUUCUUUGAUCAAUGGGUAUAUAUUGAAUAAAGACUUAGUCUCUGCUCGGCGGUUUUUUGAUCUGUCUCCUGAGAGAGACGCUGUGUUGUGGAACACUAUGGUAUCUGGUUAUAUCCAAAUGGGGAAUAUGAAGGAAGCUAGGAGUCUUUUUGAUUUGAUGCCUUGUAGAGAUGUAAUGUCGUGGAACACAGUUUUGGAGGGUUAUGCGAGUGUUGGAGAUGUUGAAGCUUGUGAGAGAGUUUUCGAGGAAAUGUCUGAGAGAAAUGUGUUCUCUUGGAAUGGCUUGAUCAAAGGGUAUACUCAAAGUGGGAGGCUUGAUGAAGUGUUGGAUUGUUUUAAGAGAAUGUUAGAUGAAGGGAAUGUUGUUCCUAAUGAUGCGACUUUGACUUCAGUCUUAUCAGCUUGUGCGAAGUUAGGUGCUUACGAGUUUGGGAAAAAGGUGCAUAAGCGUGGAGAGAGUCUUGGGUAUGAUAAGGUGAAUGUUAACUUCAUGAAUGCUUUGGUUGAUAUGUACGCAAAAUGUGGUGCUAUAGAGAUGGCUAUGGAAGUCUUCAAUGGGAUAAAGAGAAGAGAUUUGAUAAGUUGGAAUACAGUACUCAACGGCUUAGCUGCACAUGGACAUGGUAACGAGGCGUUAGAUUUAUUCCGUGAGAUGAAAACUUGUGGAGUUAGACCAGACAAGAUAACGUUUGUAGGUGUUCUAUGUGCUUGUAGACACAUGGGUUUGGUUGAAGAUGGAUUAGCUUAUUACAACUCCAUGCUUACUGAUUUCUCAAUCACGCCUCAGAUAGAGCAUUGUGGUUGUAUGGUGGAUUUACUAUCACGUGCUGGACUGUUAACACAAGCUGUUGAGUUUAUAAACAAAAUGCCUGUGAGAGCUGAUGCUGUUAUAUGGGCCACUUUGCUUGGAGCUUCAAAGGUUUAUAAGAGUGUGAAGGUUGGUGAGCUUGCUCUUGAAGAGUUGGUCAAGCUUGAGCCGAGAAACCCGGCUAAUUUCGUGAUGCUCUCAAACAUAUAUGGUGAUCUUGGGAGAUUUGAAGAUGCUGCGAGGCUAAAAGUUGCAAUGAGAGACACUGGUUAUAAGAAAGAAGCAGGUGUUAGCUGGAUUGAGACUGAUGAUGGUUUAGUGAAGUUUUAUUCUUCUGGAGAGAAGCAUCGUAGAACAGAGGAGUUACAGAGGAUCUUGAGAGAAGUGAAGAACUUUAGUAUCUUGCUUGAUGAAGAAGAGGAAGAACUUCUAGACAUUUGAUCUAAUCUUGCUUUUGUCGAGACUGAAACAUAUUAAAAACAUUUAGAAUUUUUAUUAUUAUUUUUCUUUUGGAAAAAACCUUUUAGAAUAAAU